AUGGUUGGAAAGAAAUCUGGAAAGGCCCUCCUUCGGGAUGAAGGCCUUGAAAGAACAGACAACAACAUGGAAUUAUCGAGCUGGCCUCAGAUCCCUCCCAUCAACCAAAAGAACUAUUACACUGACUACCUUAAGAGAGAUGACCAGUAUCUGGCGUUUCGACUACAGAAUGAAGAAGCGCGAAAUCGCAUGGCCAAAACGGCCAAAGACCGGGACCGUGCUCUAGCUAUGGCCAAAGCGAAUGACCUCGGCAUCCCAGAAGCCGAUGCUGACGAUGGCGAUACCAACAUGGAGGAUGCAGAGGAGGCUACAGCAGAAGCCAUUGGCUCGAAGGUCAUUGUUAUACAUGUUGGCAGCCAGAAUCUGCGAAUCGGACUUGCCAGUGAUGCGUUACCGAAAACCGUUCCGAUGGUCAUUGCGCGGAAGUCUACAACCAGCGAGUCCGAGGACCGCGAAGAGCCUUGCCCUAAGCGAUUGAAAACGGAUGAUGGCUCCGAGUUGGAACCAGAGAAAAUGUUUGGUUCUGAGUUCUCUUCACAGUACACUACGAUGGCCGCGGAACUCAAAACACACAUGCGGCAAAACAAACGCAGGACCCUCCCGAACUCCAAGGAAAUGGUAAUCAACUACAACCGAAGAACUGUGCCAGAGACGAUCUCAGAACACAAUGACCCAAUGCGGGUUGAAUGGACAGAAAUCCCGGACGCCGCGCCGGAGUAUAUAGUAGGCCAGGCAGCUUUGAGGAUCCCAGAUGCGUCGACACCUCGCUACAAGCUCUACUGGCCAAUGAAGUAUGGAUGGUGUAACGAGCGUGAUUACAAUAGCAAAAGACUCUUAUUCCUGGAUAUCUCGUUGAUUCUUGAAGAUGCAAUCAAGAAUCAGCUGGGCCUUACAAGUAAAAAGGACUGGCUACAGUACUCAUGCGUGUUUGUCAUUCCAGAUCUUUAUGAGAAGUCCUACGUCACCCAAGUUCUUGAAAUGCUUAUGCGGGAAUUUUCCUUUGCCCGCGUCUGCUUCAUCCAGGAGAGCUUGGCUGCUACAUUUGGGGCGGGGUUUACAUCGGCUUGUGUGGUCGACAUCGGUGCGCAGAAGACUUCGAUUUGCUGCGUGGAGGAAGGAAUGUGCAUAGAGAACUCGCGUGUGAAUCUCAAAUACGGCGGAUCGGAUGUGACGGAAGCAUUCGUCAAAAUGAUGUUGUACGAUCAUUUCCCUUAUGCGGACAUCAAUCUAUGGCGUCGGUACGACUUUCUACUUGCCGAGGAGCUGAAAAAGAACAUCUGUACCAUGAAUGAAGCCAGUGUCUCAGUACAAGUGUUCGACUUCCACCUUCGUGUCGCCGGCCAGGACACCAGAAAGUACACCUUCAAAGCUUACGAUGAGGUACACCUGGCGCCCAUGGGAUACUUCCAGCCAUCCAUUUUCGACCAUUCACUAAAGCUCAACGGACGAAGGGAAUUGAUAUCCCGUUCAGUCGACAUCUAUGACGGCCAACCGAACGACCCAACAUCUGCAGCGCAGUCAGAGCUCUUAACAGCCAUUGCUCCUCCUAUCAGUGGCCAGGUGAAUGGCGACACUCAGUCCAGUACUCUGGAUGUGCAGUCCACUCCGAGCCGCUCCCAGCAAGUAAAUGCCCUCAGUCGCCUACAAGAGACAGAGGCUACUCCCCGAUCUUCCGUUGCCGGAUCUCCUGCACCAGAGGUGGCUAGUACUCCUCAAGCUGGUGGUGCUGGUACACCUGCCGUCGGUGGACAAAGUCAAAGCACAUCGCAGCCCCGUGCACCGACAGUUGAAGAACGCGAUGAUAUACUGCCAACGUUCCCACUUGACAGUGCGAUCCUUAUGUCUAUUGCCCAUGCUGCUCGGUCUGAUGAACGUAAAAUGCGAGACUUCCUUGGCGGUAUCAUGGUUGUUGGAGGCGGAAGCUUGAUCAACGGGUUUCACUUGUUCCUUGAGGAGCGAUUGCAGGCACUUCGGCCUGGAUUUGCUAAGGAGAUAAUGAUUGGCACCCCUCCUCGAGAUCUUGAUCCUCAGGUGGUAGUAUGGAAGGGCGCAAGCGUAUUCGGGAAGUUGAGCGGAACCAAUGACAGCUGGAUUGGACAGUUGGAGUACGACCGGCUAGGUCAUAGACUGAUGGCCUACAAAUGCAUAAUGGAUCCUCCAACCCCAAAGCUUGCUCUUCUUGAAACUAAAGAUCGCGGCUCGACUGAUCGCAUAGUUUCAGAUACCGAAAUUCCUGAUAUUACCCUUUCUUCUCCAUUGGUUUCCCCACCUUUGAUUGAGACACAAGCUCAAGAGACGGCCGAUAUUGGUAGCUCGAAUAUGUCGAAGAGCAAGGAUGGCAGCUCCUCCGGGGGUUUUCAUCAGGAGUAUAUCGCGUCCUUGCGUUAUCGGAAUGACCUUCCUCCUCCUGAUAUGCCCCCGAAGUUCCUUGAUAUUCCACACGACGGACUAGAGCGUUUCCUAACGCCAGGGUUUGCCUCUAAUUUGGCACGUCGUGAAGAACCAAAUAUUGAUGUAGACGCUGAGGGCGGUAUGCCCAUUGACCUGGUGGGCAUCCCAGGCUUGCACUUGGGCGAUGAAAGUGCGAUCAUGGCACCCGAGAAUCCAGACCCAAUUGACCCCGCCGACCUUCCACUUUUGAUGACUUUAGACCAGCUGAAGAACCCAGCACCGCGGAAUGCGAACGUUAGUUUUCUUCGUCGCACACAGUACAUUUCGGCUGGUCUUCGAGCACCGGAUGGUCCUAAAGUCACACCUAUGCGAUCGAAAUCCCGUCUAGCUGAAAAAGCUAAAUCCCAGGACGACCCGGCUUACAUCAAGAAAUACAUACAAAAGGGAUUCGAUAUUGCAUACCCCGAAAGCAAGCACGUUGGGGAAGACACGCCCAGCCAAAUCAAAGGGCACACGCCCACUAAACUUGAAGUUGAUGCAUGGGCCAGUCCUGUGCAUCCGGACAACCCUAAGUUGAAACCCGUCGGCUUUUACCCUCUCCUGCCCGACCUCCAAGGAUUCCCAGACCCUGGCGGUUUCGUCCAAUUCAAGUUUGACAAAGCACCUGUUCAAGAUGCCUCUGGAAAGCGUGAUAGGCGCAUGGACACCGGUAUCUUGCUUCCCUCCGCGCCAGAGGAGCGCGUAUGUGAGGAGCAUGCGACGAAAGUGGCUCUGCACAAGACGAACCCCAAGCUGUACCCUGAUCCUGGCCCAAUUCCCUGGGAUUAUGAUCUCUUCCUCCCUGAGAAGAAGGAUUCUAUCAAGAAAGUUCUCGCAAGCUUACAAAUAUAUAACCCCAACCGUGACAAUGAGGAGCUUUAUACGCACGAAGGUUCUGAUAACUCGAAGUUCCACCGUUUCGAUCGCAUGCGCACUUUUGCCACGAGCGCCCAGACGCUUGGUGGUGAUAACAAGCAGAAAGAUAUUGCGGUGACACUUUUCAAUCCGUCAGAAGCGAAGGAAGAUUAUAUGUCUUCGAAGCAGAAGGCUGCAUACUAUUACCCCAUUCUCGGGAAGACCCGCCUGAAGCCCGAGAGAGCCCGCACUAUUGCACAGGCAGGCCUUGCUCCUACCCGCCCUAAGACGAAGGAAGACCAGGUUGACCAAAUACAAGUUGUUGUUCGCGAUCCGGAUGAGGCGGAAGUAUACAAGCGCUCUUUGCAUAGGGCAGCCAUUGACCCGAAGUUCGCAAAGACGAUGCCCCCUCCACCAGAGGGUGCGAACGAUGAGCACGAGUCACCUGAAGAGGGUGAUAAGGAGGCUAUCUCCGGAGAUCGUGAGAUGAGUGUUGAAGAGGCGGAUAGGAUGAGUGACGAUUAA